UACAUAGUAAGUCACAUUAGUAGCAACUACUAAAAAAAGACAAAGAAACCAGCCUUCAUCUUGUCUCUCCAUCAAAUGGCAUACUGUACGUAGUGAUUUGCAUCAACAGAUUGCCGGGGAAGUUGAAUUGAAUUAAUUGCAUGCAUUGAACCAUUAACUGGGUCACAGAAGGUGACCACCCGGCUUUAUGAUCUGGGAUCAUUUGGCUAUUUCUCUCUUUUUUAACAGACAAGGGUUGGACUGGGAUGUGAACAAUUUCAAACUAGCUUUCAGCAGUAAAGGGAGGAGCUUUGAGAUGAAGGGCAUUAGAUAAGGCCAUUAGUGCUCUGUGGAUUACAGUAAUCCAGCCCCUUUAAUAUCAGUGCGGUGGUCCACCACUCGAAAAAUAAACCAUCAUGGAGUACAGACUGCAGAACAUGUUACUGUUAGCCAUCCUGCUGGUGUCUGAAGGUAUUAUUGGGCUGCAAGCACAAGAGGAUGGCGAGGGAAAUGACACAUGGGCUGGGAAAACCUGCACGUGUGACUGUGAUUCCUCUAGCAAGUUGCUUUCCAAAGGUUCUUCACCAAGUAGAGGGCAGGAGAUGGACUGCAUGCCAGAGUGUCCCUACCAUAAGCCCUUGGGUUUUGAGGCAGGAUCUGUGACUUCAGAUCAGAUCAGCUGCUCUAAUGAAGACCAGUACACAGGCUGGUUCUCCUCCUGGGUUCCAAGCAGAGCAAGGCUCAACAACCAAGGAUUUGGGUGUGCCUGGCUGUCUAAGUUCCAGGAUACAAACCAGUGGCUUCAGAUUGACCUGAAGGAGGUCAAAGUGGUUUCUGGUAUCCUGACCCAGGGCCGCUGUGACUCUGAUGAGUGGAUUACCAAGUACACCAUGCAGUACCGCACCAACGAGAAACUCAGCUGGAUCUACUACAAGGACCAAACUGGAAACAACAGGGUCUUCUAUGGAAACUCUGACCGUUCUUCCACAGUCCAGAACCUGCUGCGUCCACCUAUCGUAGCACGUUACAUCCGUAUCCUCCCUCUUGGCUGGCACACUCGUAUCGCCAUCCGCAUGGAGCUGCUGCUUUGCAUGAAUAAAUGCACCUGACCUGGAACAUGUUAACAAAGCCAUACUCGACUAUUUCCUGUUCCACCCCUUUUCUUUCAUCACAACAUGCCAAAGUGAAUAUCACUGCACUCAAUUUUUUUGUUUUCUAGUGUUUUUCAAGAAAGAAACGAUCAUUAGAAGGUGUUUUAGUUGCAUUAAUUUGUGUUUAACAUGAUUUCCUUUUCAUUUUACAAACAAAAACCUCAUGUAUGUUGCAUUCAUUUUAUAAAACAAAAAAUCAGGCAUAAAGGAGCUGUCCAGAGGUUUGCAUAUCUGGAGAGAAGUAGGAGAUCUUAUGGAGUCUUGUAGUAUUGUGAGUUCUAAUGUGAAUUGUGAUGGUGAUGUAGGGUGUUUUAUUCCCACAGUUAUGACCAGUUCCUUUUUUUAAUUUAUCAUGAGCAUACAUUGUUUAAUUGUGGUUGUGACUUACCUGAGAACCAAUGCCUUUGAAUAAAGGAAG